UCAAAGCUCAUAACACUAGCAGCGACUUCUACGGGCCCCCGCACAUUAGGAAGAUACUUCACCUGUGUCUGUAGCAAUGCCCGGCCCACGCAAUUGGGCGUCGCCGCCUACGCGACGAGAGGUUACACUGUUAAUAUUCUCUCUGACAGUGUUUGUGCUGUCGUAUAACCUGGAGACGUCGCUUCGGAUGGCGGGCGUGAGCCCAGCCAAGCUGGCCAACUCCAGAUACCUCAGUGCCGUGAUCUCAGACCCAGGCUUUGAGCGAGACGGCCGAAGGCCGACAGCAUGGCGAGACGAUCUGGAGAACCUGAUCGCUGGAGAGUGGACUUGGGAAGAGGGGCAGAUUGCUGGUGUGGAACGCGGUGAAGUUGGACUAGUGGGCGCGGGCACGUCCCAGAAGACAAUAUACAACGUGGGCCACAAAAAGGCAGGUCGGAGUGCGACCAGGGAGGACCCAGGAGUCGGGACGACCAAGGGCACGACUGUCAAUGAGCAGUUCACACGAUGGGAGAAGGACAUCCCGAAGACAACCGCUAUUGCACAUGUACCAGGCUACACGAUUCUAGACAAUGUGUUUAUAUUGAAUGGCACAUUCUUCCUUGUGACGGAGGAUCCUCUGUCGCUACCGAGGCUCGGCGCCAUCGCCUCUUCAGGACUGAACCCAGGCCAUCCUCCACGUCUACAAGAUUGGCGUAUCCUUACGCCCGAGGAGGCUACUGUGAUUCUUGGGCCAUUUGGCGGACACAUCAAGCACGUAACAUGGCUGUCAACUGAGCCUGCGAACGCACAGGACCCGUAUACGCUUUUCUCUCUAUUCCGCACACACAGCUAUCUUGCUACCUCGCAUCAAUCAACGACUAUCUCCUCGUCAGGACUCCGUGUCAUCUCCCCAGAUAGUACAAAUAGCGAUCUCGGAAGCGGGAGCGUUCCACCUCCAGUUCGCCUCUGGUUCCCGCGUAUACCCACGUUCGCCGGUCCCCACGUCCCAGUCGACAAUGCUCAUCCGCUACCCAGGGCAAGGUCCUACAACGGACUUCACCCCAUGCUCCUCAAGGCCGCGUUCCCCACGAUCGAAGUCAUGUACUCGGAAGACUGGCAGGACUUCGCCGAUAUGCAACUCCCGUAUGUUCUUGAGCGCGUCGUCAUUGCAGACCGCGGUGCGGCCGAGCGCAACAGCGCCGACUGGACCUCGAAGUGGGCACCUGCCCCAUCUCGCGCUGGCGCCAGUGAUGAGCUGCGGAAGCGCCAGGGAGCCGAAGAUGGCCUGCCUGCAUGGGCCGCGCCCUUCGUCGGCUUCGACGUUCCCGAAGACUGGUGGGCGCCCGUACGCGCUGCGCUCCUGUCGUACUUGGGUCUCCCAACGGAGCCGGAACAGAAGGAAAAGCCCGUAGUGACGUUUGUGUCGAUGCAGGAGGAGCCGUACGAGGCGGGCGCGCACAUCCGGACCGAGGACCACCCAGAGCUGGUCGACGGCCUCCAGAAGCUGCAACGCGAGGGUGUCAUCUCUGAGCUCCACAUCGUGCGUGCGAAUGGCACAAAGGAGAACUGGGACGAGAGGAUGAGGGCGAUCACACGCUCGGACAUUAUGCUUGGCGCAUUUGGCCCCAACCUCGCAGACAGCCUGUUCAUGCACGCAUCGGGCGCGACGAGCCAGGCUGGAACUCCAGCGCCGCUGCUUAUGGAGUUCUACCCCUCGGGUACGUUCCUAAAAGACCGCGAAUUUUCGGCACGCACGCUUGGGAUGCGCUACAUGGCGUGGUGGGAAGCAAGGAAAUUCAGCGGCGCAUCUCUGCCCCCUGUGAUGGGCUUGCGGAAUGGCCAAAGCCAGUGGGUGACCGUGGAUGCAUCUGCCGUACUGCAGGAGAUCAGAGCAGAAGCGCGACGCUUCAGCACAUGACACUAUUCUUGAGACUUGGGGUCUCUAAUGCACUAUGUUACUAAUUUAUGUCUGUAAUGACCGGAACUAUCUGGGUGGCUACGACGAAGCCAAUGUGAACGCUCCGUCUGAAAGCUACAGUGGCGUCGCUCGAAC